AUGUAUGGCUGUUCAGGUGGGGCUCCUUCCGGUUCAGGGCGUUUACGGCGCCGGCAGAACCCUUCUCCGGACACAGCUCCUCGGCCUGCAGUUCGUGAUCUGAGUCUUGACCUUUUACAGGAAAUCUUUUGGAACCCCAGCUCCGGUGGUGACAUAGAUUGCCAGCGCAGUAGCACGUCCACACCCAUUGUGUGCGCAUACACCAUGGCGUCCGAGAUCGGGUUGCUGAGCAGGAGACUGCUCACUUCCUGCACAAUCCGCAAUCCCUCCUUACGGGCACCGCUGGCACUCCGACAGUCUCUCUGGGCCCUGCCGCGCACAUUCGCGACCUCUUCCGCUCUCCUGGAGCCCCCUCGAUCGGGCGGUUCGCGAUCAGCACCUACGCCCCCAUCCUCCAGGCCACCCGCUACUCGGAUAACACCGCCGCCGCCACCCCCUGCAGCAUUGUUCGGCGCUGCACCUGCCUCUAGAGAGAAGAAGCCCGACAGUCCGUUCACGUACGAUGCCACUUCCGACGUUUUCGACAUCUCCAAGAUCAUUGCCAUGGAGUCGGAUGAGUUCAUGAAGAAGCAUUACCCAACCGGCCACCAGGAGCCGCCUCUGCGCACGCGUCCCUCCACUGGACGUACCAUUCACCUCGGCGGUAACCUUGACUUGCCCAGGGCCCUGAAAAACCUCGACUACCAGUGCAGAAAGAACAAGCUCAAACGCCAGUGGCAUUCGCAGAGGUUUCAUGAGCGUCCGGGAAAGAAGCGCAAGAGGUUGGUCAGUGAGAGAUGGAGGGCUCGCUUCAAAGAGGGCUUCCAGGCGACGGUGCAGCGGGUGCAGGAACUGAAGAACCAGGGCUGGUAA